AUGUCUACACUGGAUACAUUAGCAUCACAAGUUCCACAAGAAUUACGUGUUAAACUAAUGCAACAUUUUGGUAUAGCUAAAGAAUAUGAAAAAAAUCCAGAAACAAUUUCUAUAACUUAUUAUUGUCUUAUGUAUAUUGCUCAUGAAGCACUUAAACUUCAAAAAGAAAAACAAUUUGUUUCAAAUGUACUUGAUUAUCUUGAAGCUACAAAACGAAAUAAUCCAAAUGAUGAAAUUAUUAAAUCAUUAUCAACUGGUCAAGCAACAAUUGAAGAAUUAAUAACUGUUCUUGUUGGUGAAACAAAUGAAGCUGAAAAUGAAGAAUUAAAAACACCUGAUCAAUUACGUUUACUUAUGAGAAAACAUUAUACUGUUGGAGGAUUAACCGAUGUUCUUUCAGUUUUUGGACCAAUUAAAGAAGAUUUUUUAACAUUAGGUAAAAUUGCUAAAACUCGAGCAGUAGCUAUUUUUCGUGAUUUAAAAGCUGGUGGUGGUAGUGGUGGUGGUGCUUCAUCAUCAGCAAUGAGACCACCUGAUGGUCAAAGCGGUGCGAGUGCUCAUGCAAUGCCUCCAUCGAAACCACCUGCAGCAUCGGCACAAUAUCCGGCACAAAUGCCACAAGUACCACCAUCGUAUGCUAGUGCAUCUGCUUAUAAUGAAAGUACUGGUAACAAAUCCGUUCCAGUUGAUGUAAUUAGUCAAGCACAAAAAUUAUGUCGUUAUGCUAAUUCGGCUCUUGAACAUGAAGAUGUAGCUACAGCAAUUAAAAAUUGUGAACAAGUAUUACAAUUACUUCGACCUUAUAAUAAUUAA